AUUCCUUUGAAAAAUUUUCUUGUCUUUUUUUACUUUGGUGAAAGUUCCUUUUUUACUUUAUAGAUAAUACUUUACAUACUUUACAUAUUUUUUUAUCCUCUCUCCUUAAUAUAACAAAAUGGUCAAAUUAUAUAAUGACUACCCAUCUUGCGACGAUAAAGCAAAAAGACUAUUUGAAGAAAUUAAAGAAAACAUUUACAAAGGAAAUGUUGGUCUUGUUGGAAAACAGGAUACGGAUUAUAGAUGUUGUUGCAAGUAUGAACAAGGUAAAGAUGCUGCAAGUCAAGCUUGUGGAGAAUUUGCAGGUUGCGUCAACCGUGAACUCUUCAUGGAAUGUCGAGAUGGGGAUUGUGCAACUGGCAAAUUUUGUCAAAAUAGAAGAUUUCAAAGAGCUGAAAAUGCAAAAGUCGAUGUGAUCCAUUUUGCACUCAAAGGCUACGGUCUAAGAGCAAUGGAACCAUUACGACCUAAUCAGUUUAUUAUGGAAUACGUUGGUGAAGUGAUUAAGAAUAGUGCGUUCUUUAAGCGCAUGAUAACUUAUAACAAGCAAGGACUGAAACAUUUCUACUUUAUGUCCUUACAGGCUGGUGAAAUAAUCGACGCAACAAAGUUCGGAUGUAUAGCCAGAUUUAUGAAUCACUCGUGCAAUCCUAACUGCUACAUUCAAAAAUGGAUGAUUGGUGAUCGAUACCGUAUAGGUAUUUUCGCAUUACGGAACGUCAGAGAAAAUGAGGAGUUAACCUUUGAUUAUAAUGCUGACCGAUAUGGUUCUCAAGCUCAGAAAUGUCAUUGCGGUGAAUCAAAUUGUCGUGGUGUCAUUGGUGGUACUAAAGAAACUAAUCUUAAUAUCAAAGACGAGGCCGAAAUUGAAGCUGAAUUAACAGAACCCAUUCGAAGCAUUGAUGAGGUCAAACAAUUUAUUAAUUUGAUGUACAAAUCUCUUGAACAACCAAGCAUGGUGCGACCGAUAUUAUAUAGGCUGAAAUUAACAGAAGAUGUCGCUAUUCUAAGGAUGUUUAUGAAACUUUUCGGAGGAAUUAUGCUUAAAUCCUACCUUUACGAAUUCAGAAAUGACGAUGAAAUUGUUUUCAAGACAUUAAACAUUGCGGAUAAGAUACCUUUCAAGUAUAGAGAUAGACGUGUUGAAACUUCACAUCUUAAAGAAUGGGUUUCAAAAUUUGAAAGUCGUAAUGAUCGCAUUGGUGCAAAAGCAAGAGAUUUAAUUGACAAAUGGGAUAAGCUUCCUUCAUGUGGCCCUGAAUUGAAUGAAUUACAAAAACAAGAUGUUAAUCAUACCUUGGAUCUGGCUGAUGAUGAUGAGGUUCAGAUUGAAACACCUUCUGUAAAAACAAAUAGAGAUAGAGAAAGUUUCAAUCAAAAUAAAGAUGAUCUCAAAGGAAAGCCAAUUGAACGUAACAAUUUGGGUCACACAAAUUAUACAAAUAAUAUUUCAGGACUUGCAAAUAAUUCAAGCGAUAAAGGCAGAACGCCUCAAGACCUCAAUCCCAAUCGAUACGAGUCAAGUCAUGACUUUUACAAUCGUUACAUGGAUAGCAAUGCAAUAUUCCAAUCUAUAUCUCAAUUUGAAUAUUGGUGCAAAACAUUAGGCUGUAAAGUUCCCUCUCCAGAUUAUUAUGACGGUAUUGUGAAAAUGAGACCUGAUAAUCCAUAUGGUUGCACGUACGCCCCUCGUCCGACUUUUAAUAUGAAUUACGUUAGCAAUUCUCGUUCACGAUUAAGCGGUAUUAAUAAUAGACGCUUUGUAAAACCAAGGAAUCAUUCUAUGGCCACAAAGACUACAUCUACAGAAGAACAAAAAGAUCAGUCACAGCAACCGCCACAAGAACAAUUGGAGCCACUUGCGCCCAAUUGGUAUGAAACUAAAGAUGAAUAUGGAAAAGUUUACUACUACAAUAAGUACACAUUACAAGCUUCCUGGGAGCGACCGGUUGUGAAGGAUGAUGUCAAGAGUUACGAUGGAUUUAGCCAAGCUGCUCUGCAGGCUAUAAUUGAACGUGCCGAGGCAAUGGCACGUGAAGCAGAAAAACAGAGAGAGCGAGCUGCAAGAGAGAAGGCUGAGGCUGAGGAGAAGGCAGCGCUUGAAGCUGCACAUGGAGUACCAUUGAACACUCCAAUGAACGAAAAAGAAUUUAAAAUGGCGGAUUUAUAAGUUAGUGAUUAAUUAUUGUAGUAG